CCCCGCCUUUCCCCCUCUGUCUGUGUAUCACUGUUUGGGGGGCUUUAAUCAGUUUUUAAACGAUUAUUAGCACUUCUCCCUCCCCCCCUCCGCUUUCCCCACGCGGCCCCCCACCUUCACCUCCCCAAGUUCUUCACCCCUUUUAACAUUGUUUUUUCAAGGCUGACUGGGGGGGGUGGAAGAGAAAGAGUGAAGAAAAGUUGCAAACGUCUCCUCUCUUUCUAAGCUUCCCGCCCCCACCCACCCCUCAGAGAAGGAGAAGAUAAUAUAGUGAAAAGAAGAGGAGGAGGAGAGCGCGACGGGACGGACGCGAGCUGGAGCGCAGCCGCCCUCCCGGCUCCGCGGCGGCGCCUCUCAAGCCGGGCAGGCGAGGGGGGCCCGAGGGGAGACGCCGUGACAACUUUCAUUUCCCCCGGAGGGAGUCGGGAGGUCGGCGGCCCCAAAAAACAAGAUAUGAGUUAUCCAUCUUACAGAUGAGGAAACUAAGACCUUAGAGAGACUAAGUAAUUUAUACAGAUCCCAAAGCAAGUAAGAAGUGGUGCUGGACUUGGAGGCGAGAUCUUCUGAUUCAUUUUCAGGAUUUUCAGUCCAGUGUAAAGCUGUUGGAGCGAGGAGCAAAGGUAAAGAAUGAUGUAAUGCCCUGGCUGUCCCAAAGCAUCUUUUGUUGUGGAAUGGUUAUUCCAGUCAUCUCUUUAUGAAUCAGAUGUGAGGGGCUGCUUUGUGGAAGGAGUCCUUUGCAAGAACACAUCAACGGGGAAAGAGAAAGGGACAUUCACUUGGAGGGCUCUUGCUGAAAAUGGGUUUAACUCUCCUUUUGCCAGUCACCACCAGCCUGACCUCAUACAUUUUUAGUACAAUGGAGUGGCUGAGCCUUUGAGUACACCACCAUUACAUCAUCGUGGCAAAUUAAAGAAGGAGGUGGGAAAAGAAGACUUAUUGUUGUCAUGGCCCAUGAGAUGAUUGGAACUCAAAUUGUUACUGAGAGGUUGGUGGCUCUGCUGGAAAGUGGAACGGAGAAAGUGCUGCUAAUUGAUAGCCGGCCAUUUGUGGAAUACAAUACAUCCCACAUUUUAGAAGCCAUUAAUAUCAACUGCUCCAAGCUUAUGAAGCGAAGGUUGCAACAGGACAAAGUGUUAAUUACAGAGCUCAUCCAGCAUUCGGCAAAACAUAAGGUUGAUAUCGAUUGCAGUCAGAAGGUUGUAGUUUACGAUCAAAGCUCCCAAGAUGUUGCCUCUCUGUCUUCAGACUGUUUUCUCACUGUACUUCUGGGUAAACUGGAGAAGAGCUUCAGCUCUGUUCACCUGCUUGCAGGUGGGUUUGCAGAGUUCUCCCGUUGUUUCCCUGGCCUCUGUGAAGGAAAAUCUGCUCUAGUCCCUACCUGCAUUUCUCAGCCUUGCCUACCUGUUGCCAACAUCGGGCCAACCCGAAUUCUUCCCAAUCUUUAUCUUGGCUGCCAGCGAGAUGUCCUCAACAAGGAGCUGAUGCAACAGAAUGGGAUUGGUUAUGUGUUAAAUGCCAGCAAUACCUGUCCUAAGCCUGACUUUAUCCCCGAGUCUCACUUCUUGCGAGUGCCUGUGAAUGACAGCUUUUGUGAGAAGAUUUUGCCAUGGUUGGACAAAUCAGUGGAUUUCAUUGAGAAAGCCAAGGCCUCCAACGGGCGUGUCCUGGUGCACUGCUUAGCGGGCAUCUCUCGCUCAGCCACCAUCGCCAUCGCCUACAUCAUGAAGAGGAUGGACAUGUCCUUAGACGAAGCUUACAGAUUUGUGAAAGAAAAAAGGCCUACUAUCUCUCCAAACUUCAAUUUUCUGGGCCAACUCCUGGACUAUGAGAAGAAGAUUAAGAACCCGACUGGCGCAUCAGGGCCAAAGAGCAAACUCAAGCUGCUGCACCUGGAGAAGCCGAACGAACCUGUCCCCGUGGUCUCCGAGGGUGGACAGAAGAGCGCCAUGUGCCUCGGUCCACCCUGGGCCAACUCUGCUACCUCAGAGGCGGCAGGGCAAGGGCCCGCGCCCCCGGCCAGCGCGCCCAGCACACAGCCCUCGCUGGUGGAAGAUGGGCCGCUGGUCCAGGCGCUCAGCGGGCUCCACCUGCCCUCGGGCAAGCUCGAAGACAGCAGUAAGCUCAAGCGCUCCUUCUCUCUGGACAUCAAAUCCGUCUCGUACUCAGCCAGCGUGGCGGCCUCCUUGCAUGGUUUCUCCUCCUCAGAAGACGCUCUGGAAUACUACAAACCUUCCACGACUCUGGAGGGGACCAGCAAGCUCUGCCAAUUCUCCCCGGUUGAGGAAGUAUCGGAGCAGAGCCCAGAAAGCAGCCCAGGUAAGGAGGAAGCCAGCCUCCCCAAGAAGCCUCAGCCGGCCAGGCCUUCCGAUGGCCAGGGCAAGCGAGUGCACUCAGUUCGACCCGGCGUCGGCGGGACCGGCCCGCGGCCCCUCUGCUCGCCGCUGCACCGGAGCGGGAGCGUGGAGGACAACUGCCAUCCCAGCUUCCUUCUUGGCCUGGCCACCAGCCAGCAACCCCUCGCCAAGUCUGCCGCCGGCCUGGGCCUCAAGGGCUGGCACUCGGAUAUCUUGGCUCCCCAGACCUCCGCCCCUUCCUUGCCCAACAGCUGGUAUUUUGCCACGGAGCCCUCUCACUUCUACUCGGCCUCGGCCGUCUACGGGGGCAGCGCCAGCUACUCGGCCUACAGCUGCAGCCAGCUGCCCACCUGCAGCGACCAGGGCUACUCCGUGCGCAGGCGGCAGAAGCCAAGUGACCGAGCCGACUCCCGGCGGAGCUGGCACGAAGAGAGCCCCUUCGAAAAGCAGUUCAAACGCAGAAGCUGCCAGAUGGAAUUUGGUGAGAGCAUCAUGUCGGAGAACAGGUCGCGGGAAGAACUGGGCAAAGUGGGCAGCCAGUCCAGCUUUUCAGGCAGCAUGGAAAUCAUUGAGGUCUCCUGAGAAGGAAGACAACUUGGGACUUCUAUGGACAAUAUUUCUCUUGUUCACAAAAAAAAAAAUAUUCCCUGUAAAUCUGAAAUAUAUAUAUGUACAUACA